CCCAUAUAAUUGAAAAGGGUGAGAUUCCUUGUGUCUCCUAUGUUUCAUGAUAUAAAUAGAUAGAGGAUACACCAAAGGAAUGUGCACAUUUGAAUUGAGCAUUCCAGGGUUAAGCCGUAGUCCAAAUCAGAAAGAAAAAUGGCUUCUUCUCCUUUGAGAUCAAAGUCCCAUUAUCAUGUCCGCUCUAUCAGUUUGCCAUCCAGAUCUCAUCCACUCAUCCCUCAGUUCAAUGAACAUUUAUGCAGACUAAGGUCUUCCGAAGGUACAUACACCUCAUUGCCCUCAUUAAGGAACAGGGCUAGUGGGCUUGAGGAUCUGUAUGAUUGUGUUGCUGACUUGCUUCUGUUGCCGCACACUCAACAAGCUUUGGCCCAUGAAGGCCAUAAGAAAUUGGUUGAUGGGGCCUUGGAUGGAUAUCUCAAACUCUUGGAUGCUUGUGCAACCACUAAAGAUAUCUUUUCACAGACAAAGGAAGAUGUCAAAGAACUUGUUUCGUCCCUACGUAGGAAAAGGAAUGCAGUUAAUGUUGGAGAAUUUUUGGCCUCCAGAAAGAAGGUGCAGAAGGUCAUCAAGAAGUUGGUGAAGGAUUUGAAGAGCAUCAGAAACGAAGACCUACUCUCAGACACAGACCAAGAAGCUGUUGCCAUUGUUAGCCUGCUAAAAGAGGUUGAAGCAGUCACUCUAGCAGUAUUGAGCUCGUUCUUGUCAUAUGCUGCUGGAACAAAGCCAGAAUCGAGGCAAAAUGGCUGGUCUUUGGUGUCCAAACUGAUGCACUGGAAGAAUGAAGCAUGUCAAUCCAAAGAAAUAGCUCUUACUGAAUUUCAGGAGGUUGAUGCUGCAGUGCAGUCACUCAUUGUUUCAAGCAAAUCUGACGACAAAAGAACCAUUGAGGUAGUGCAACAGAUAGGAAAGUUGGAGUUGAGCAUUCAAGGUCUAGAAGAAAAUCUAGAGCGCUUGAUGAGGCAUUUAAUAAAAACCAGAGUUUCCCUGCUCAACAUUCUCAAUCACUAGACAAGAGAGUCAGGGGGCCAAUACUGGGGCAUCCAAAGCUUAGCCAGAAGCCAAUCCUUCAUUAGAUGUUCAUACUAGAUCAGUGUAAAAGAGAAACAAAAUGUACUCUGUAAUUAUCCCUGCAAUUACAAAUCAAUA